AUGGCUGCAGCUGGUGGAGGACAAGGAGAGUGUCCAGAGGGAGCGCCGAAGAAGCAAGUGGAUGGUGAAGGAUGUGGUGGCUGUCCAGUUGCUGAAGGUUCCGUGAACCCAAUGAACAAUGAACUGGAACAUCCAAACCAAAAGCCGGCGCCUGACCAACCUUUUCCUCUUCCUCUGGAACGGGAAAAAUCUACAAUUCCCAGGGCAGGUACCAACGAGACGUGGACAUACCCUAGCCCUCAAAUGUUCUGGAAUGCAAUGUUGAAGAAAGGUUGGCGAUGGCAAGAAGAUCAACUCUCAGAAAAAGAUAUGGAAAACAUAAUUCGCAUUCAUAAUGCAAACAACGAGGAGGCUUGGCAUGAAGUCUUAAAGUGGGAGAACCUGCUGCAUCCUGAGUGUGCAGAACCAAAACUGAAAAGUUUUAAAGGAGAUGCUAAGAAAAUAACCCCUCGAGCUCGAUUUCGUAAUAUCUUUCUGGGAUACGAACUUCCAUUUGAUCGGCAUGACUGGAUUGUUGACAGAUGUGGAAUCAAAGAGGUAAAUCACUUAAAGGCAGUGUCCGCGCACAAAUGAGG